AUGGGAAGGAACGGUAAUGACUCAAGGGUGUUGAUGGAUGCAAUAAGUAGAGAAGAGAACAACUUCCCAUUGCCUAAAGAAGGAAAAUAUUAUCUUGUUGAUUCUGGUUAUGCAAAUAUGCGUGGGUUUCUAGCACCAUAUCGUGGAGAGCGUUGUCACUUGCGUGAUUAUAGAGGGAGAGGUAGACAUCCAAGGGGGGCAAUGGAAUUGUUCAACUAUAGGCAUUCAUCACUGCGUAACGUUAUUGAAAGAUGCUUCAGAGUGCUCAAGGCUCGCUUUCCUAUUUUGAAGUUAAUGCCAAAUUAUCCAAUCAGGAAACAAAGACGUAUUCCCGUUGCUUGUUGUACCGUGCAUAACUUCAUUAGAAUGCAAUCGAGAAAUGACAUCAUAUUUCAUCAAUAUCAAGCCAAUGAUCUUCAAGUGGUAGAUGAAGAAAGCUCUGAAGUGAAUCAAGAACACAUCCAUUUGCAUGAGGACAAUGCUAAUGAAAUGAGUGAUGCUAGAGAUCAAAUUGCCGGAGCAAUGUGGAUGGAUUAUAUUCAUAAUCAUUAG